AUUUAUAAGGCCCUAUUGUCCGCCCAUGGAACGUUGAAGCUUGUCGUCUUGUCUGAAACCCUAGUGCUCAAUCUUCGACGACCUCAAUCCCACCAAAUCCAUGAAGAGCUCCAAGGGAUCGGGAGGCAAAGGGCCUGCUUCCUCCUCCGGUCUCGGCGCCGCCGGCACCAAGAAGUCACGAUGGGAGGCCGACGAUAAGUCUGCCGACAAUCGCCCAGCCUCGUCCUCGGAUCCCAAGCCUUCCAAGACAAUGGCGCCACCCUCCGCAUCCCCAGUCGCUCCCAAUGAAAAACCGACCUCGCUGCUCGCCCAGGUUCCCACUCCCUCAGCUGGUCCUCGCUCCUUUCCUCUCCCCGACCGAUCUGGGACCCCUCCUCCAUCCUACGGAUUCCACAACCUCGAGCGGCGUACCAUAACCCUCGCCGAUGGUAGCGCGCGGUCCUAUUUUUCCCUGCCUCUCGAUACGCCAUUUGACCCUGCCGCUGAUAAGUUCCCAUUUGGUCGCCCUGGCUUUGGUCCCGGCCUGGAGCCUGUUCCUGGGCUGGGUUUCGACAGGCGCUUCCCUCCACCUUCUGGAGGAAGGUUCAGCCCAGAGGACUUCCGCCAGUUUCCUCCCUUUGUUCGUGGUCCUGUUCCCCAUCGCGACUAUCCUGAUCCUAUCGGACCAGAUGGCCCUCGGAAUCUUUCAGAUAUCGGGGCCGGAUCCUCCUCUCUGAAGAGGAAGUAUGGCCAAGAAGAUGAGUUCCUGUGGCACAGGCAACAAGUCAUGCAACAUGGGAAUCUUAAUGGAAUUCCUCUUGGUCCUUCUGUAUCUGAUGUGGACCGGAGUUACUUCUUAAGAGCAAGUACAUUUCGUCGGGACCAGAACGAUGAACUAAGGUUUUCGAAGCAAGUGAAGUUGGGUGGAGAAAGUCAUGAAGUGCCUUCUGAAGUUCUAGAUGUUGAUCCUCGUGCGCUUAAGAGAGCUUUUCUUUGGUUCUCAAAAAUGAUAAAUGAAAACUUUGCACAGAGAAAGAAGUAUUUGGCGGACAGGAAAGAUGGACCUUUGUUGUGUGUUGCCUGUGGCAGGGCCUCUAAAGACUUUGCUGAUGUGCAUGAGUUAAUCAUGCACACAUACACCUUGCAAAAUGCAGAUUUGCAUGUUGAUCAUCUUGGAUUACACAAGGCCUUGUGUGUUCUCAUGGGAUGGAAUUACUCAAAGGCCCCUGAUAACUCGAAAGCAUAUCAGUUACUAUCUGCUGACAAUGCUCAAGCAAACAGGGACGACCUUAUUGUAUGGCCCCCAACAGUCAUACUUCAUAACAUAAUUUCUGGAAGGAGAAAGGAUGGCUGCGUGGAAUAUUUGCGAAAUAUAGAGAUUGAUAGUAGACUUAAAGACAUGGGGUUCUCUAACUGCAAGGCCAGGGCAGUUAACGGGAUGCAGGGCCACACAGAUAUUGCAGUGGUGAGAUUUUCGGACACUCAACGUGGAUUGGAGGAGGCUGAGCGACUAGUAGAACACUUGGAGAAGGAAAAGCAUGGACGUAAAGGAUGGGCGUGCCUACAGGCUUCUCUCUCCGGUAAUGAUGAUAAUAAUCCUGCUCUAGUCAAAGUUGACAGGAAGACUGGAAAGAAGAAGUGGAUCCUUUAUGGGUAUCUCGCAACAGCAUCGGACUUUGAGAAAAUUGAUUACGAUGCAGUGAGAAAAUCUGUCAUCAAGAGCAGGAAGGACUUUAGUCUAUUUGACUAAUGCAUCAAAUGAUCUGCAAAUGGUCAGGAUUACGAUGCAGUGAAAAAAAUCUGUCAUCAAGAGCAGGAAGGAGUUUAAUCUAGCCUGUUAGUGCCUCUAAUGAUCUUUCAAAUGGUUAUUUAUAAUGUUAAUGCCACGCUUGUUUUCUGUUUAGUUCUCGUGUAGAUUGCAGUGUAAUUCUGGAAAGACAAUUGCCAUUUGAAGUAACAUCCAACGGCCUCUGGAUAUAACUUAUAUCCCUUGGUUAACCUGAUCGGUGUGAUCGUCUGUCAAAGGUGGGUUUGCAGGUUUUUCCCUACAAUCGUUCUUUUGUAACUAACAACGUAACUUGUUUGUAUUUGUUAGUAUUAUUUUGAUCCAGACACUGUAUCAUGAGUUUACUCAUAACUCUAGUAGAAUGAGAAAUUAAUAUCCAA